GUUCAGCCAUUUUUUUCAGGAAUAUCAGAUUGGAAAAUUAUCAGGAUUAGCGAUGAGAGAGAGAGAGAGAAAGAGAGAGAGAGAGAGAGAGCUAGGUAAAGAAUGAACUGUGUGGCUCUGCAGCAGGAAACAGGCAAAAGAGCAGGAGAUAGGAGAGGAAAAGUCAGCAGGAAACACUCAGGUUUCCUCUGGACAUGAAUUCCCCACACAUUCACUGGCUGACUUUUCUCAGGAGCACAGGGAGAACACAGCCACUUCAUCCCGACCUCCUCACUGGAAGAAGACGCUCCUGUUUUCUGGACUUAAAGCGAUGGUCAAUACCUUAGAGCUAAUUUAAAUUGGAGGAAAAAAUUCUAACCUUUUAUGUUUAAACCGUACUCUGCAGUUUUUUUAAGAAUUCAAUGGAAAAGAUCAUCAAAAGAUCAUUUUGAUUUCCCUGAAACAUUUUGUCGGUGCCGUCCACCAAUCUGAGGCCGAGUUUUGUUUUCAAACUUCGGAUAUUGAACAUUUGCUGCUCAACAGCACUUUUAAAGCUCAGUUAAACUUUGGAAAGUGUCGUAAAGUUUCACGGUAUUAUCUUAUUAUUAUCUAUAUUUUUCUUAUUUGUUUUUUCCUAUAAGUGUUGGUCCGAACUGUUCUGGUCAUGUGAGUUACUUUUAUCAGUAGCUGACCUCAGAAAAGUCGGAAAAUAAAAACGACUUUUGUACAAAGUUUACCUGAGUGAGGGUUUUUGAGGAAUUCUGGGAUCAUGCUGCGAUGCCUUGUACAGCGAGCCAACAACCUGAGCCACUCCCACCCACUGGCUGGUGUCAUCUUCAGAGGGUCAAAGAAGAAGACCAAGGUCAUCAAGAACAAUCCCAACCCUGUGUGGAACGAGGGUUUCGAGUGGGACCUGAAGGGGAUUCCUCUGGACUCUGCAGCCGAGCUUCACUGCGUGGUCAAAGACCAUGAGAAGAUGGGUAGAAACAGGUUUCUGGGAGAAUGUCGGCUUCCUCUCAGAGAUGUUCUCAACUCUCCAGGUCUUGCUGCUUCCUUCACCAUCUCCCUGCUGGACACCAAGAAGAACAACACCGGGGCCACACUGACUCUCCAAGUGUCCUACGUCCCUCCUCCUGGGUCACUUCCUCCCUUCCUGCCUCCUUCUCAUCUGGAGACUCCGUCUCACAUCAACCCAGGGGUGGAAAUGGACACAGUCACUAUGAUUUCUCUGGACACUCUGGGGGAGGAGGACACUGAAAGCAUCCUGAUGGUGGAACCUCCAGAGGAUCAGGGACCAGACGACGGGCGCUCCAUGGUCAUCGUUGGCCCUCAGGGGCCACCAGGAAAGGAGUCACCCACGACCCAGAUGCCCAAACGCUCCCCGCCUUCUUACAAUGCCCAAAGUGGGCUGAAGAAGAGGAGGAGAGGAGGAGGUGGGCAGCAGAAGGCUCUGCCCAAUAAACCACAGGACCUGCAGGUCCGUGUUCGGGUCAUCGAAGCCCGUCAGUUACCAGGCAUCAACAUCAAACCUGUGGUCAAGGUAACAGUCUCUGGGCAGUCUCGGAGGACGCGCAUCAAAAAAGGCAACAACCCGUUUUUUGAUGAGACCUUCUUCCUGAACUUCUUUGAGACUCCCUCAGAUCUGUUUGAUCAGCCCAUCUUCAUCACAGUGUGUGACUCUCGCUCUCUUAGAACGGACGCUGUCAUUGGUGAAUUUAAGUUGGAUGUCGGCACCAUUUACAAUGAACACAGACACUGUUUCUUGAGGAAAUGGCUGCUGUUGUGUGACCCUGAUGACCUUUCAGCCGGUGUCAGGGGUUAUCUGAAGGUCAGCCUGUUUGUUUUAGCAGCAGGUGACGAGCCUCCGGCUGACAAACGGGAGUGUGUAGAGGAUAAAGAGGACAUUGAGGGAAACCUGCUGAGACCGGCCGGUCUGUCUCUGAGAGGAGCCACCUUCACCUUAAAAAUCUUCAGAGCUGAAGAUCUGCCUCAGAUGGACGACGUCUUCAUGGACGGGAUGAGGCAGAUCCUGGGCUUUGACAGCAACAGGAAGAACUUGGUGGAUCCAAUGGUGGAGAUCAACUUUGCUGGAAAAACUAUCUGCACCAAGAUCCUGGAGAAAAACGCCAACCCUCAGUGGAACCAAAGUCUGACUCUGCCCAUCAGGUUUCCGUCCAUGUGUGAGAAGAUGAGGAUCAGACUCUUGGACUGGGACAGAGCCAGUCAUAAUGAUGUCAUCGGUACCACUCACCUCUGCAUGUCCAAGAUCUCUGCUCCUGGAGGGGAGAUAGAUGACGAGUCCGGCCUUCGCAGCGUCCACUCUGGCAUCGACGACAGCCUGGGUUUUCUGCCCACGUUCGGCCCGUGUUUUGUAAAUUUGUAUGGAAGCCAACGGGAGUUCAGUGUCUUCAACGACCCACACGAGGCACUAAACCUGGGAAAAGGUGAAGGUGUAGCCUACAGAGGUCGACUUCUGCUGGAGCUCAGCACCAAGCUGGACCAGAAACCGGAGCAGAGGAGCGAGGACAUUUCACCAGACCAUCUACUGGUGGUGGAGAAGUUCCUGAGGAAGAGGAAGUUCUCGCUCUUCGUGGAGUUCUACUCGGCCACGCUGCUGCAGGACGUGGACCACGCCGUCCAUUUUGAGGUCAGCAUCGGAAACUACGGCAACAAGUUUGACUACUCCUGUCUGCCUCUGGCCUCCACCACCCAGUUCAGUCGAGCCGCGUUCGACGGCUGCGUUUAUUACUACCUACCAUGGGGAAACGUGAAGCCCGUGGUGGUCCUGUCGUCAGAGUGGGAGGAUGUGACUCCGAGGAUCAAGGCUCUGAACAUGCUGCUCAACAUCAUAGACAGACUGGAAUCAAACCUGCAGCGAGUUCAGUUGGAGGUAAGAACCGGAAGUGACAUGGAGGAGGUGGAGCUUCGGGUAGUGGAGCUGCUGGAUCAGGUGAUCACAGACUGCAGUCAGGACCUGCCCUCUCUGGACCUGUGGUCCUGCACCACCCCUCUGGACCGCUCCCUCAGACACGUCCGGACCCUACACCUGCAGCAGAUCCUAGCAGCUGCUCUGGCUCUCAAAGAGGGCUCAGAGACGGAGCUGUCCACGGUCCUGGAGCAGGCUGAGGACUGGCUCAACAGGUUCAGGACCAUGGCUGAGGAGCCUCAGAACAGUCUUCCAGACAUCGUGGUGUGGAUGCUGCAGGGUGACCACAGGGUGGCGUACUAUCGCAUCCCUGCACACACAGUGAUAUAUUGCCAGGAGUAUUCUGGGAAAAACUGUGGAAAGCUGCAGAACGUCUUCUUGAAGUACCCACAAGGCAGUGGGGCAGAGGCUAAACUUCCAGGUCAGCUGAGGAUCAAGGUCUGGUUUGGAUUGGCCGCAGAUGUCAAAAACUUCAACCAAUACGCUGAGGGAAAACUAUCAGUGUUUGCUGAGACGUAUGAGAACCAGACGAGGCUGGGCCUGGUGGGCAGUUGGGGUACUACAGGUCUGACCUACCCCAAGUUCAGUGACAUCACAGGACGAGUCAAACUGUCCAAAGAGAGUUUCAAACCUUCACCAGGCUGGACCUGGGCUGGGGAGUGGUUCAUCAGUCCAGAGAGGACACUGUUGUUUGAUGUGGAUGCCGGUCACAUGACGUUCACCGAGGAAGUCUUUGAGAACCAGAUGAGGUUACCAGCAGGACAGUGGAUUGGAAUGACGGAAGGAUACACAGAUGUGAACGGUGAAAAGGCGGUGCCAAAGGAUGAGGUGGAGUGUCCGCCUGGGUGGGUGUGGGAGGAGGUGGAGUGGAGUGAGGAUCUGAACAGAGCUGUGGAUGAUCAAGGUUGGGAGUACGGCAUCACCAUCCCUCCAGACCGUCGUCCAAAGUCCUGGGUUCCAGCAGAGAAGAUGUACCACACUAACAGACGCAGGCGAUGGGUUAGAAUGAGACGAAGAGACCAGCAGAAGAUGGAGGCUCUGAGGAAGCAGCAGCAGCAGCAGCAGCAGCGUCCUGAUGAGUCGGAGCGGGAAGGUUGGGAAUACGCCUCCCUGUUUGGAUGGAAGUUCCACCUGAAGCCCAGGAAGACAGACAGUUUCAGGAGGAGACGCUGGAGGAGAAGGAUGGAGCCUCUGGAGAAGACGGGCCCGGCGGCCAUUUUUGCUCUGGAAUGUUCUUUGAGCAGCAUCGAAGACAGAACUGAUGAUAGAUCAGUGACGACCACGUUUGGAGUCAACAGACCAACUAUCUCCUGUUUCUUUGACCGAGGCAGUCGGUACCAGCUGCGGUGUUACCUGUAUCAGUGCAGAGAUCUGUUGGCCAUGGACAAAGACAGUUUCUCAGAUGCCUACGCCAUCGUGUCCUUCCUCCAUCAGUCCCACAGAACAGUGACGGUGCGGAACUCCCUGAAUCCCAUCUGGGACCAGACUCUCAUCUUCUAUGAGGUGGAGAUCUUUGGAGAUCCUGAAGCCAUCUCGGCCAACCCUCCCAACGUGGUGGUUGAGCUGUAUGACGAAGAUUCUUACGGAGCAGAUGAGUUCCUUGGCCGCUGCAUUUGUCAGCCCUCUCUCACCUCCAGUCCACGUCUGAGCUGGUUCCAGAUUCGUCACGGUGACAGAAAUGCUGGCGAGCUGCUGGCUGCGUUUGAGCUCAUUCCCAGAGAGAAGCCUGCAAUUCACCACAUUCCAGGACAGGAGGGAGACAUCACCACCUCCACCCAUGUUCUGGAUGAGUUUCUGUUUUCGGGAUUUCCCUCUGAAAACCUGCAGCAGUGGCCGGACGAGUCAGACGUCCCAUUCCUGCCUCCUCAAAGAGAACCAAACGUCUUCAUGGUUCCCCAGGGAAUCAAACCAGUUCUUCAGAGAACCGCUAUCGAGAUCUUAGCGUGGGGCGUCCGAAACCUGAAGAGUUUCCAGUUAGCCAGUGUUACCUCUCCCAGCCUGCAGGUGGACUGUGGAGGCACAGUUGUCCAAAGCUGUGUCAUCCGCAGCAUGAAGAAGAAACCGAACUUUGACGUCAACACACUGCUACUGGACGUGCAACUUCCGUGCGAGGAGCUCUACAUGCCUCCUAUUGUCAUCAAAGUCAUUGACAACCGUCAGUUUGGGAGGAAACCUGUGGUUGGUCAGUGCACUGUUCGCUGUCUGGAGGAAUACCGCUGCCACCCAGAGGAGCAGGGAGGAGCUGCAGCUAUGGAGGAGGAAGAGGACGAUGAGACAGGAUGGAGACGAGAAACGAAUCAGCUGAUACCAGGAGACGCUUUUAUUGACAUCGAUGACCAGGAGCCGCUGGUUUCUGAACAGGCUGAAGAGUCCAUGGACUGGUGGAGUAAGUUCUACGCCUCCACUGGAGAAAAGAACAAGUGUGGAAGCUACCUGGAGGAAGGCUACGACACGUUAAAGGUGUUUGACCGUGAACUGGAGAAGGUGGAGGGUUUUGAAGGUCUCUCGGACUUCUGUCAGACCUUCAGGUUGUACAGAGGAAAGACUCAGGAUGAAGGAGAAGAUCCAUCAGUGGUCGGAGAGUUCAAGGGUAUGUUUAAGAUCUACCCUCUCCCUGAAGACCCCAACGCCUCGGCUCCACCCAGACAGUUCAGGAAACUGCCUCCCAACGGAAUUGAAGAAUGUUUGGUCCGAGUCUAUGUGAUCCAGGCUGACGGACUGCAGCCUAAAGAUGCCAAUGGAAAGUGUGAUCCCUACGUGAAGAUUGCCCUUGGAAAAAAGACCAUCGACGACCAUGAGAACUACCUGACCUCUACCCUGGACCCUGUCUUUGGAAAGAUGUUUGAACUCACCUGCUCCCUCCCUCUGGAGAAAGACCUGAAGGUGAUGCUCUAUGAUCAUGACAUGCUGACCAGAGACGAGAAGAUCGGCGAGACCGUGAUUGACCUGGAAAACCGCUUCCUCUCCAAAUAUGGAGCCAUGUGUGGUCUGCCCCAGUCUUACUGUGUGACCGGCGUGAACCAGUGGCGUGAUCAGCUGACACCACGGCAACUGCUGUGUCGAGUGUGUGAGCGGAGAAACCUGUCCAAACCACGGUACCAGGACAACGCAGUCUUAUUCAGAGGAGUCCGUUACACAGCUGCUGACCUGGAUGACAGGGGGGAGUCCCGACGUCAUCUGGGUCCGUUAAAAGAACGCCUCUCUCUCCACAUCCUGAGGAAACUCACUUUGGUUCCUGAACAUGUGGAAACCAGACGUCUGUUCAGUCCAACACAGCCCGACAUACAGCAGGGCCGUCUGACAAUGUGGGUGGAUCUUUUCCCCAAAUCUCUGGGUCCACCUGGACCGCCGUUUGACAUCACUCCUCGAAAAGCCAAGAAGUUCUUCCUGCGCUGCAUCAUCUGGAACACCAGUGACGUCAUCCUGGAUGACGUCAGCAUCAGUGGGGAGAAGAUGAGUGACAUCUACGUCAAAGGGUGGUUGGAUGGACAUGAGCAUAACAAACUGAAGACGGAUGUCCACUAUCGCUCCCUGGGCGGAGAAGGAAACUUCAACUACAGGUUCCUGUUUCCCUUCAACUAUUUACCUGCAGAGCAGCUGAGUGUCCUGGACAAGAAGGAACACUUCUGGAGCAUGGAUAAAGUGGAAACUAAAGUGUCUCCUAAAUUGACCAUCCAGAUCUGGGACAAUGACAAGUUCUCCUUCGACGACUACCUUGGUCACCUGGCGCUGGACCUGAACCACAUGCUGCGUCCUGCCAAGUCUGCAGACAAGUGUGGCCUUCAGCUUCUGCAGCAGCCCACGGACAAACUGGUGUCUCUGUUUGAGCAGAGGACAGUGAGAGGAUGGUGGCCCUGCAGCUGUGACAGGGACGGAGACAAGAUCCUGGCUGGCAAAGUGGAGAUGACUCUGGAGAUGGUGACGGAGCAGGAGCAGGAGGAGCGUCCUGCUGGACUGGGCAGAGAUGAACCCAACAUGAACCCACACCUGGAGGACCCUCAACGUCCUGAGACCUCUUUCCUCUGGUUUUCCUCGCCGUACAAAACGCUGAAGUUCAUCUUGUGGAGACGUUUUAAGUGGCUGAUCCUCCUCUUCAUCCUCCUCUUCCUGCUCCUGCUCUUCCUGGGUGUCUUCCUCUACUCCUUCCCUAACUACGCUGCCAUGAAGAUGGUUGGACCUUUUGGACCAGCAAAGACCUCACAGUGAUGAAGACGGAGUCUCUGCUCCUGCUCCUUGUGCUGCUCCUGUUUGUUUCUUUAUCCUGUCUCCUUCCUGACCCUCAGACCAUGUGACCUGGCUCUGACUGCAGACUCGUUUCCUCGUAUAUUUUUGGAUUUUCUGGUCGAAGUUUCAGAUCAGAUCUCAGCAGGUGUCGCCCUCACGUGUUCUCCUCCCUCUCCUCCCUCUCCUCUGCCGUCUCCUACCUCUUUCCGCUACUGCUUUCAUCAUCUUCACUCACAGUAAAAACCUCAGAGUAAAGAGAAUGACAGAGUGAGGAGUAACUGCUUGAUCUCCCUGCCUCCUGCUGCUAUUCAGAGGAGCAGCAGGAGUUCAGAAAAGGAGAUCCAAACACCUCCAAAAGUUUAGCUUUGGAAUAUUAAAGAAGAGGGAGAAAAACAAAAUACUGUCAGACUCCUCCUGUCCCAGGUCUCCCCUGUUUCCUCCUCUCUUCUCCUCCUCAUUUCAGCCUCAUUUCUCUGCUCCUCUGCUUCAUCCUGAUCCUUGUCUUCUUUUUCUGUCUCAUCUUCCU